AUGGAAUUUUCAUGGCCACUUUCAUCUCUGUUUAAACGGAAAACGAGAGGGAGUAAUUCACCGACCAGCGAGAACAUUUCCCCCGAAACGAAGCGGUUGAAAGAGAGUGUGAAAGAAGACCAAGCGAACGCUCCACCCGCCAUUGUAUCGCCAACAAAGUCGAAGAACGAUUCUGAAGACGUAGUUCUGUCUGCCCUCAAUAUGGCACAAGAUUUCGCCUCCAAAGUGGACCUAAUAUUAUCAAAGUUAAGUCAACUGGAAAAUAUCGGCACACAAAUAAAUGUUUUACAGGACUCUGUGGAUCGAAUAAAUCAAACGGUCGCAAACCUUCAAAGCGAAUUCCACCGCUUAAAGGAAGACGUACGAAAUACAGUCGAAGAAACAAAUACGCUUAAAACAAGCGUAAAAUUCCUGAAUGAUGAAGUGGAAACCAGUAAGAGAAAACUCCGAGAUGACGAAGAGAAGUCACGACAGGAGUUGGAUCACUUGCGUCUCCAACUCUUAAAUUAUGAAGUGUACAGUCGCCGCGAAAAUCUUCGUUUCUACGGCAUUCCAGAAAUCGAAGGGGAAGAGAAUACUGAACCCGUUUUGAAAGCUUUCUUGGAGAAAGAGUUAAAUGUGGAAAACGCCCAAGUCCACCGCGUCGGUAAAAAGGACCGAAACACAAGAAAACCCAGGGCCAUCAUAGCACGCUGUCUUCGCUUUAAGGUCUCGGUAAAUGAAAAUUUUAGUACGUUGCUCGAUUUUGUUUUUUUGGGAUUUUUGGCAUGAGUGGGUCCUAAAUUUUAUUUUGGAAGAAAAAGAAAAUCAGAAAGUGCUUUUUAACCCUUCUAAAAUGAGCCUUUUCUGAGCUAACCAGCCAAGCGUGGACCUCGCGCUAAAUCUUUAGAGCUGAUUUUCUCUCACUCUAUUUUAGACGCAAAAAUCAAAAUUCUCCGACCUCCAGUCGGGACAGGUUUUAAGCUAUCGCUUUGAAACUUUCAGAUAUGAUGGAUAAUGAUAUAGACUCAAAAAGGGUGUGAGGAAUUUUCCGAUUUCCCUUUGUAACUCAUUUUAUGCCAGUUUCUUUGCGUAAAUCGCGCUCGAGAUUCGACUUUUUAGUUUGAAAUGCAAUAAUUCCGCUAAUACGAGACAUAUGCAAAUUUCCUCACACCCUUUUUUAGGUCUUUUAUCUGUCGAUCAGAUGCAAUAAAAAGGAAGUGAAUAUUUAAGAACGCGAAAGGGUUGGAGCUUCAGCAGUAAACUCGAUACCUCUGAGUUCGAGAGCAAAAAACUUAAGCGCCUUUUGAAAUUCGAUGAAAUAAAAUCUUUCAUAAGGUAAUUUAGUCUUUUAGCUUUAAUUUGAUAUAUAACUUGCCUUUGUAGCGAAAAUACUCGCGCGACUAUAAUUUUUUUCUGUGGGCACCUCGUUUUCCUUUACCGAGACCUUAAAGAUCGAGAAAACCUCUUUUCUUGCCGACGCAACAUCGAUAGCCAGUCGAAUUUCGGUAUUGGCCCAGAUCUACCUAAGCAGGUGAUUGAUAUGAGGAAGAGGCUUAUUCCGAAGAUGGUACAAGCAAGAAAAGAUGGAAAACGGGCAGCCUUCAGUAGAACGGAACCCUAUAAACUCUUUAUUGACGGUGUGGAGGUAAAAUCAUAA